AUGCGUGCAUCUAUCCCGACCUGUCGCACAUCGCAUGACUGGGGGCUCAACACCGCCAUCUAUCCCAUCACCCCGGACAUCGUUCAGAUGGCCAUGGCCCGGCAUCCGGACCACAUUCGCAUGGUCAUCGUGUGCAUGACCUUGAGUCACCUCCUUAAUCGGAUCCGGAAGGAGUCUGCAUCGCAGGCGCGGAUGCGGGACUUCUUCCAUUACCGGGGCCGGCUGAUCCGCUCUUUGAGUGACGACAUUCAAAGCGAGCAGAGACGCACCAGCGAUCGGGUAAUCGCGAGGAUGCUGACCCUGCUGCUGGAGCAUGCCAAUCAACCAUUUGCCUUCGGCACGUACCCGGCCGCACUCUUUGGGAAGAUCCUCAACAUCAAUUACCUGCGACAACAAGCCUUGGACGGUGUCCCCGGGGACCUGAUUCAACCAGCAUAUGAGAUUCUGAACCGGAUCCACGGUUUCUCGGUCGCCCGUUGGGCCCAUUCCAUCUCGACCAAUCCGGACUGGCAGCUUUUAGGAGCCAUCCACCAAGCCGCCAUCGCGAUCUACUGUAUUCUGUCGGUUCAGAGCUUGGGCGUUCUCCCUUGGAAUGCGCAACUGCGUGACCUCUGCAUCGACCAGGCUAACGGCCUGCGACGGCGACUCGCAGUCGCCGUGUCUUCCGCCACCUGA